AUGCCUCCGAAAGCCGCUGAGAAGAAGCCCAGCACUGGUGGCAAGGCCCCAGCUGGCAAGGCUCCUGCUGAGAAGAAGGAGGCCGGCAAGAAGACUGCCACUGCUGCCUCUGGCGAGAAGAAGAAGCGCGGCAAGACCCGCAAGGAGACCUACUCUUCCUACAUCUACAAGGUCCUCAAGCAGGUCCACCCCGACACUGGUAUCUCUACUCGUGCCAUGUCCAUUCUCAACUCCUUCGUCAACGAUAUCUUCGAGCGCGUUGCCACCGAGGCCUCCAAGCUUGCUUCAUAUAACAAGAAAUCCACCAUCUCUUCCCGAGAGAUCCAGACUUCAGUCCGUUUGAUCCUCCCUGGUGAAUUGGCCAAGCACGCCGUUUCGGAAGGUACAAAGGCUGUUACCAAGUACUCCUCUUCCGCCAAAUAA